AAAGCGUGAGAGGGCUCUCUCACAGGUCUGGGGGAGCCCACUUUCUCCACUCUCACUGUCCGCACCAGCUGGGUGGUCUGACAAGGUGGGAGGCAUCAUCUUCACGUUUCCCAGCCCAGGCCAAAAGCCUUUUGGGGAAAGCAGAGUAGGAAUCAGCAACUCUAUCCGACUGGCUUCAAAAUGUACUUUUGUUUCGAAUAGCCGAUAUCAACUCAGCUGGCUUCAUUUGGGGGAAGAAGUUGAGGGGCUUAGCUGGGAGUCCUUCCCUCCCAAGGCGGCCCCCCUUUGCCACAUGCCCUGAUGUUGCAGAAAGGAGAAGGUUGAUGUGCCCCUUAAAGAUGGUGACUCUCUCCUGAGAAGCAGGACCACUUUGUACAAGAAAAGAUCUUCCAGGUACAGUCAGAAGUGCAGGAGGGUGAGAGAAUUCACCAGAGCCAGAGCGGGGAGCAGAGCAGGCAGAAGGACCGGGAGCAGCUGGGGAUCGAACCAGCGCUGCAGAGGCUGCGGGCAGCUUCGCAACCCAGUGCUCAACCGCUGCACCACCGGGGAGGCCCUCUUUUAGUGUUUUUGAUGCAUUUCUGUAUAGCUGUAUCAUAUUACAAAAGCAAUUCAAUUUAGUGUCUUCUUAUAAAAUGAAAACAAGAGUUCUAAGGAGAAUAUGAAAGUGUUACCCAGCCUGGUUUGUUUCAUAGCUCUAUUGAUUUCUUCUCUGGAGGCUGAUAAAUGUGAAGAACAUGAAGAAAGUAGGAUUUUAGUUUCAUCUGCAUAUGAAAUUGAUAUUCGUUCAUGUUCUCCUAACUUAAUGAAAAACAACAUCACUAUAAUUUGGUAUCAAAAUGACAGUACAACACCAAUAUCUGCAGAAAGAAACUCCAGGAUUCAUCAGUACAAAGAUAAGCUUUGGUUUGUUCCUGCAAAGGUAGAGGAUUCAGGACAUUUCUAUUGUAUAGUAAGAAAUUCAACUUACUGCCUCAAAAACAAAUUAACUACAAAAUUUGUGAAGAACGAGCCUCACUUAUGUUAUAAUGCAGAAGCUGUAUUUCCACAGAAACUAUUCAUUGGAGGAGAUGGAACACUUGUGUGUCCUUAUUUGGAUCUAUUUAAAGAUGAAAAUAAUGAGUUUCCCAAAAUACAGUGGUAUAAGGAUUGCAAACCUCUACUUCUGGACAAUGUAAAUUUCACUGGAUCACAGAAUAAGCUCCUCAUAAGGAAUGUCACUCAAGCACAUAGAGGACACUAUACUUGUCAUGCAACCUACAUACACUUGGGGAAGCAGUAUCACAUCACCCGGGCAAUACAAUUUACUACUGUAGAGGACAACAAACCUAGGAGACCUGUGAUUAUUAGUCCUGCUAAUGAGACUUUGGAAGUUGGCCUUGGAUCUCAGCUACAAUUGAUCUGCAAUGUCACUGGCCAGUUGACUGACUAUGUUUACUGGAAGUGGAAUAACUCAUUUAUUCCUGACGAUGAUCCAAUACUGGUGGAGGAGUAUAGACAGAUAAAAAAUCCUUCAGACAAAAAAAGGAGUAUAAUCAUAACAGAGCUUAACAUUUCAGCAGUGGAAAGUAAAUUUUAUGUACACCCAUUUAUCUGCUUUGCCAAAAAUACAAAGGGUAUGGAUGUAGCAUAUAUCCAAUUAAUACAUCCAGCCCCUGAUUUCCAGAAGCAUACAAUUGGUCUACUGGUCAUGUUAACAGUAGUAAUUACAUGCUCUGUUUUCAUCUAUAAAAUCUUCAAGAUUGAUAUUGUGCUUUGGUACAGAGAUUCUUGCUAUGAUUUCCUUCCCCCAAAAGCUUCAGAUGGAAAGACCUAUGAUGCAUACAUACUAUACCCAAAGACCCUUGGGGAAGGGUCCACCUCUGAUUCAGAUAUUUUUGUGUUUAAAAUCUUGCCUGAGGUCUUGGAAAAACAGUGUGGAUAUAAGCUGUUCAUUUAUGGAAGGGAUGAUGAUGUUGGGGAAGACAUUAUUGAGGUCACUAAUGAAAACAUAAAGAAAAGCAGAAGACUAAUUAUCAUUUUGGUUCGAGAGACAUUGGGAUUCAGCUGGCUGACGAGUUCAUCUGAAGAACAAAUAGCAAUGUACAAUGCUCUCAUUCAAGAUGGAAUUAAAGUUGUCCUGCUUGAGUUGGAGAAAAUCCAAGACUAUGAGAAAAUGCCAGAAUCCAUUAAAUACAUUAAGCGGAAACAGGGGGCCAUACGCUGGUCAGGGGACAUUAGAGCUGAGUCUCAGUCUGCAAAGACACGGUUCUGGAAAAAGGUCAGGUACCAACUGCCAGUCCGGCAGCAGCGGCCUUUGCUCAAGCAUCAGUUACUGUCUCCAGGCACUAGGCCAGACUCUAAGGAGGAACUGCAAAGGGACGUCCAAGUGCCUCUUGGAUAGUGGGGCAAGCUGGGCCCAGAGUCCUCGGGUGACUCCUGUUUUAUUGCAUUACAGACUGGACAAUGUCCCUAGUGACUGAGAUAGUCAUUACAUGCAUCUCAUGCUCCCUUAUACCAAGGUCACCUGAAUUGGAAUAUUAAGGGAGCAGAACAUGGUGACAAUAGGUCAGGACAAUUCAGAACAGAGGGUUUGGAAAGGCAACAAAGGCCCUCUUAAUGUUUGAACUGCUGAGCAAAGGCACUGGAGCAGCAAACAAGAGGAAAGGACAUACAGGAGAGAUAUAUCAUGGACAGGUUUCAUGAAGCUGUUUGAAGUCCCAGAGUGGAGCUGUGACCCAGUCUGGGGACUGCAGGGCCCUUGAGGGGCCCUUCUGAGCAGUGCAGCUGGGCAAGUGAGGCCAAUAUUUCACCCAGGAAAGUGGAAGUAUUCUUCCACUUCCAUUUGCUUUGCAUUAGCACAGGUGUUAGCAUUUAGCAGUUUCCAAAUCUGAAUUUCAGUUUGCAGACCUUUAAAACUACCAUUUCAAUAAACUAAGGGAUUCUCCAGCAUUCCAAGGUUUUGAAAUAAUGGCUUUCCACUGGAGAGGGAGAAUGUCAGUAAGAGUGGUGGAAAAUUGGUGAGACCUUACUGUUUUCCACCUGCAAUGACCAUUCUGUUCUAUUUUCUCCUUCAUUUUACUUGACUCAGCCAUUAUUUGGAAGGAUAACUUCCAAGUCACUUCUUCCCUCUGCUCUCUCACACACGUGACCCAGAUAUGGCCCAUCCUUCAUAAAACAUUUCUUUGGUUUGAUCUUACUCUUGCUAAAAUACCUCCUCCAGACUCCUCUCAUUAAAGGAGCCCAAGUUAUUCUAGUAGCAUUUCGCUACAGCCCAUCCUCACACCUGCCCCCUCUGCCCUGCUAGUGAAUUCCCAGGUCAGCCUCCCACAACUAGGAUCUGGCCCUGGGUCUGCUCCAACUCUGCCUCUGCCCUGUCUUCUCUGCUGCCUUCUACAAUUUUCUCUGGCCAGUCAGAAAUAUACUGAAAUUCAAAAUUUUCUCCAACUCCAUUUUCUUUAAGAGACUGCCCUAAGAUACUUUUUCCUAUCAGUCUGAUUCUAAGUUAGCUGUUAGCUAUCAUGUGAGAAGGUUGGUCAUUCUGUCUCCAGCAAGGAUCCUGCACUCCCAGGAAGGGGCUGUGGGUAUGUCUUUUUCUCCGAGAUGCCCUUACAAGUAAUUUGCACGUAUGACAAAGAUUUGUAUAGUGCUUUAUUGUUUAAAAGGGUUCACAGAUUAUUUAAUUUUUAACAAUUAUCCUAAUUUUAUAGAGAGCAAGUUACCUGUUAUUUUUAAAAAUUGCACUUAGUAUUUUGGAAAUUAAACUGGCAUCUCCAUCGCUGGCAUUUAGUUCAUUGUUUUGCAUAGUUGAUUUCAGGUCAAUAAAUACCCCUUCAGCUAUACUGCUCUCACUUUUGUGAGAAGAAAUUAUAGUUUUCUAGGAAGGUGGCUGAGUCUAGGAAUGCUUUUAUUUAAGAAACCAAUUCCGAACUUCUGAAUAUUGGAAUUAACAAAAAUCGUGUAAUAUUUAGAUUAUAUGAAAAACAUUCCUGCUACCAUAUAUUCUUUCCUCAAAGGUAAAUAUUUCUUAGUAAAUUAAAAAUGAAAGCAAAUUUUAUGUGGUAUGGAAAAUAUUUUUAUAACUUGACAGUCCUCAGGCUAAUUAGAGGAACCCUGGAAAACUGCAAAGCCAAGUUCAUGAGCCACUUAGUGAAAGGCAAAUGCAGUGUUAAAGUUGUAUAAACAGAGGCAGGCCUCCUGUUUUUUUAAAAUUUUAAUAUUUAAUAUUAUAGGUUAAUACAAACUUUUAUUUGCUAUUUCCUCUCUCCACCCCCCUGCAAAUUUGUGCUAGUUAGACAAAAACAGAAUUUAAUACUUUUACUCUUCUCUCUCUCCCUGUUUUCUCUGGGAUCUGAUCGGAUGGCGUUGAGUAGCAGUGCUAUUAGGGAGCUGCUGUUUUCAAAGAAAGUUUGGGGGUUCACAUAGAUUGCAGUCAGAAGUCUGGGGGGAUGAACUGGGGCCUGACAUAGCCCCAAAAGGCCAUCACUUUAGUUUGUCUAUUAGUGCACAGACUGAGGGGUACCCCUUGACUCCUAAACUGGAAGCAAAGAUGUAAAAAGAACUUUAAUAGAAUUAGUGUGUUGCUUGUAGUGCCAAGAAAACCAUUUCAAAACUUAGAACUAGCAGUAAAAUUAGCCAGAAAGUAAAGGAGAAGGAAACAACCAAGAAUUACAAGUGGCAUUAGAGUUGGAACUUAGGGAGGAACACAAACAAGAUGGGGGUGGAGAGAGGAGCCCCAAUAGGAAAGUGCAGUGCCACCUAGUCACACUCAUGCUCAACCGAGGGAGGAGUCAAGAGGAAGAAGCUGCAUUCCCAGGUCCCUAGAACUUUCUUUGUUUUAUUGUUUUCCCUCCAAGCCUUUUAAACCUCUUCCUUUUAGGCCUUUUCCAUUAAUUAGAUUUCACUGCCUAAUCUGAUGGGAAUUGUUUUUGUCAACCUAAGUGUUCAAGAAAAGCUGCAAAUGUAACAAAGUGUUUCAUUUCCAGUUGUUAAAACAGAUUUAGCAGAAUUUAUUUUUUCCUCUACUUGCCUCUGCUUACUUUGUGAUAAAAAAAAAGGUAUUGAGCCAUUUUUUUUCAAAGACAUUUUGAUAAAUUGUAUUUGUACUGGAUAAAAUGAAGGUUUUUUUUUUUAACUUGUAUAAUUCAGCAAAUAUCAACUAUUUUUCUGUUGUAGUAAAACACCAGAUUCAUGUACAGCAAAUAUUACUGAAUCACAGUACCAUACUUGUUUUCAUUAAAACCUGGUAUUCAGUAUUGAGUAUUGUCAUGGUUACUGGGCAAAGGAUCUGAAAACUAUCAUUGGGUCAGAAUUUCUCUUACUGGUUCUGGGUCCAGCCACCUCCUACCACAGAUACAAACAAAAGGGCUGUUGGUGCAGGAAAAAAAACUAUUAUUCUAAAAACGGGAUAAAAGAAGAGAGUUUUAAGUCCAGUUACUGACAAAAGAUGUGAGGUAGAGUUGCACAGAGGAGUCAGCAAGGUGUGGCAGAGGUCUGCACUGCUGAAGUGAGUUGGGUUUCCCCCUUGGGGACCAUGGCCUGCCACCUACCCAGCUGCAGUGUGGCCUUUGUAGAUAGCAGCUCCAAUGGCAGCGCAAGCCCACAUUCACGGUUCCCCUUAAA